AUGGAUGUGGACGUGGACAUGGACGUGGACGUGGACGUGGACGUGGACGUGGACAUGGACGUGGACGUGGACGUGGACGUAGACGUAGACAUGGUCUGGGACGUGGACAUGGACAUGGACGUGGACGUGGACGUGGACGUAGACGUGGACGUGUACGUGGAUGUGGACGUGGACGUGGACGUGGAUGUGGAAGUGGACGUGGACGUGGACGUGGACGUGGAAGUGGAGGACUUGGACGUGGACGUGGACGUGGAUGUGGACGUGGACGUGAACGACUUGGACGUGGACAUGGACGUGGACAUAGACGUGGACAUAGACGUGGACGUGGACGUAGACAUGGACGUAGACGUGGACGUGGACGUAGACGUGGACAUGGACGUGGACGUGGACGUGGACGUAGACGUGGACGUGGACGUGGUCGUGGAUGUGGACGUGGACGUGGACGUGGACAUGAAGGUGGACGUGGACGUGGACAUGGACGUGGACGUGGAUGUGGACGUGGACAUGGACGUGGACGUGGACGUGGACGUGGAUAUGGUCCUGGACGUGGACAUGGACGUGGACGUGGACAUGGACGACAUGGACGUGGACGUGGACGUGGACGUGGACGUGGACGUGGACAUGGACGUGGACGUGAACGUGGACGUGGACGUGGACAUGGACAUGGACGUGGACGUGGACGUGGACAUGGUCGUGGACAUGGACGUGAACGUGGACAUGGACGUGGACGUGGACAUGGACGUGGACGUGGUCGUGGACGUGGACGUGGACGUGGACGUGGACAUGGACAUGGUCGUGGACGUGGACGUGGACGUGGACGUGGACAUGGACGUGGACGUGGAUGUGGACGAAGACAUGGUCGUGGAUGUGGACGUGGACGUGGACGUGGACGUGGACAUGGACUUAGACGUGGACGUGGACGUGGACGUGGACGUGGACGUGGUCGUGGACGUGGUCGUGGACAUGGACGUGGACGUGGACAUGGACGUGGACGUGGACGUGGACGUAGACAUGGACGUGGACCUGGACGUGGACGAGGACGUGGACGUGGACAUGGACGUGGACGUGGACGUAGACAGGGACAUGGACUUGGACAUGGACGUGGACGUGGACAUGGACGUGGACGUGGACAUGGACAUGGACAUGGACGUGGACGUGAAUGUGGACGUGGACAUAGACGUGGACGUGGACGUGGACAUGGACAUGGACACGUCCACGUCCAUGUCCACAUCCACGUCCAUGUCCACGUCCACGUCCAUGUCCACGUCCAUGUCCAUGUCCAUGUCCACGUCCACGUCCACGUCCAUGUCAUUUGCACUCUAA